AGUUUGUCGCGGCCCCGGCAACAUUUACUGCUUUUGCAUGCCCCAAUACGACUCUUAUACAUACGCACUCAUGUGGUAUUAAUAUUAUGUACCCUCUUCCAUUUUUUUUUCUUUUAUUUUUCUUCCUCGCUUCCAUUUUUCUCGUUUUUCCCCCGGAUACGGAUAACCACAACGCCUCAGAUGACGACCCGUUUUCUUUUUCACAGGAGCCAUCAUAUCGACAAACCACAGGAGCAGCAGAUGGAUCCCGACCAGAGGAACAGCUGUCCGCCUCUUCAAUAGUGCAUUCGUGGUUUCUUGCCGAAGAUAAGAAGGACAAUUUUUACGGUGCCAACGAUCAUGAUGAGUUGCCGGAUCCUGAGCCAUCAUUUUUCGAACAACCGACCGCACUGCACAAGAACGGCAAAAUCUUCCAUCGUUCAGCUAAAUCUUCCAGUAGUGCUACAUCUUCAUCUUCUGGCGAUGACGAAAUCAUAAGGAAGGAAGAGAUUGUCAAAGGCGAUCGCGACCAGAGAGGUCGUGUUGCGGAAGUAGAUGUAGAUAUAAAUUCCUCGACGGGUACAGAAAGUAGAAAUGCGUUUGUUGCCGAUCCGAAAAUCAUACUGUCGCUAGCCUCCGUAGUUUUCGGAGAGGACGACGCGACUUCUAGUAGUUCAAGUUCUCGCUUUAGUUCUUUAACAUCAAUAACACCCCGGAACAAGCUACAAGGAUCUACUAGUACACCAACCGUGUCCACGAUUUCGGGAUCUUCCACUAAUCGAACAAGUUCUCCUCCUUAUUUUUCAACUUACUCGUACGCAAAUACAAAUAGAAAUACUAAUUCCGUUCUUCUGACCGCGGCUGACGAGAUGCAGGGGCUCCUCGGUCAGUUGGCGGAGCGGCUGCAGACAGCUGGGCUCACAGGCGAUGUUGGAGGGUCGGGCGAUUCAUUUGCGGACAGUAGCACAUCAGCAACUGCGGUGGUACUGUCGCUUUUAGACGCCCUGCGCCAAGUCCUCUUCCUCGCCACAGUCAUCCUCGCCUCGUUUGGCAGCUUCUGGGAUGCAAUCGAGAAAAAGGUUGCUGAAGUCCACCUGGUGCGGGUUUUUGCGGGAUUUUUGGAGAAUCACACCGACGGAUUUUUUGACACAGACACUUUUGCGAACUACACAGCGAGUACUAUCUGCUGGCUCGGCCUCCUAAUCCUUUUUCGACACUUCUUUUACACGAGACUCUUUUUCCGCGACAAGCACCUAGAUUUUAAGAAUAGAAAUAGAAAGACCGGGCUCUUUGCUCGAGUUUCGAACAUUUUAUGUUGCUGCUGUUGCUGUGGUCGGAGCAAGAAAAGAAACAAAGACGAAGAACAAACGUACGAAAGGCUGAGUGCGACCUUCAAAACGCUGCAUCAGAAACAAGUUGUCAACAUGGAGCACAACCAGAAAAGCCAGAGCGGGGCGCAAAUGCGGGAAAUGUAUUCAAGUAGUAGACACCACACUUCUACUGCACCAGCAGACGGGUCGUCCCCCUUCUCAUCUGCUAAUGUGGGAACAAGUUACGUCCCUCUCCCUGGAGGCAACGUCUUGGAGGCCGGCGCUACUUUUGGUGCGGAAGAACUACGCGGGCAGCAGCCGCACAGCCGCGCUGCAGCGUCUGGCGAUUUUAGUCACAAAACUGUCACAAUAAACUCCGCCGCGAGGUCCACCCCGCCAGAGGACCUCCAAGAACAGCCAGAAGCUACGACGUCAAAGACGGCCACGACGGCGCAGGAGCGGAUCGCGUUUUUGAGCCGAAAGCUGAAGAAGACCCCGACGGCGCUGCUGGAGGACCCGAGUUACGGGCACGGGUGGCUCCCCUGGGACCAGCGGGCCGCGAUGGUGUCGGAGGCGGAAAAGGACGUGAUUCGGUACGCGAAAACGGAGGACGGGCGGGACGACCUGCACUUCCAGCUGGACAUGGGCAACAAGUAUGAGGGCAGCGGGGUGGUGCUGCCGCUGACCCGCGAGGAGAUGGAGCAGCACAAAAACACGGCCUUCGUCGGGGUGGCCUACCAGAUCACCAGCCUGGGCAAGCUGGACACGGUGGCGGAGUCCGUGGACCUGGGCUUCGAGCUGUCCAUGCUCUUCAAGGUGACCGACGCGGAGGACAUUGCCACGCUGAAAUCCAUCGCGGGCGACGAGUGCACGCUGAGCGAGCUGAAGCUGAACCAACCCCUACCCCUCUUUAACAUCCGGUCGGCCACCGAGCCGGAGGCGAUUUCCGAGUGCGUGGUGGCCGUGCGGGAGUGCGUCGACAAACCAUUGCCGGUGGCGGAGGACUACGCGGCCGCAAACGUGGACUUGGCGCACAGCUUUAAUUAUAGAAGAAGUUCAUCUCGUGGAGGUCCUGAUGUAGAAGGUCUCGACCAACCGCCGCUCGAGAAGCUGACGCGGUCGUUUUACGUGCAGACGUACGGAAAAUACCAGUCGGUGAUCAACCAGGUGAUGGAUCUCGAUUCUUUCCCGUUCUCCCGCAUGCUGUUGCGCAUGACGUUCGUGAACACCAUGUCCACGAAGAGCUUCUACGCGGUGCCCUGGAACUUCAUGCUGCCGCACUACGAGAUCGUCCGAGACAAGAAGGCAGCAGGAGCUGGUGCAACGGGUGGUGCAGCUGUGGUCAACAAGUUUGCGGACCGGCGAUUAGGAUCCAUGGACCCCAGGUUCUCCACCAUGGCAGCGCCAUCUGCUCAAACAGGAAGCACGACAAGUAGCAAUCGACCCAAGAUGAGCCCCGCCAACGAAGUUCUCGCCUCGGUCGCGGCGAUGGGCGCCCGGGGCGCGGCGAUCAACAACUCUAGUUCCCCCACGACAGCAACUAGUACGACCGCUGCCGGGUCCGGCGCAUCAAACGCGACCAGCCGCACGGCGUCGCUCUCGCCGGUUGCUGGGACCACGACGGGCAAUCAUUAUGCAACAAAAAAACUGUGUAAGUGUAACUUUGUAAAAAUGCAGAAAGUGCAAAACUGUUACACCUGUCAUGCCAGACAACCAUGAAGGCCUCUUUUCCUGUGUGUUUUCCCUUGUAAGCCACGCAUGACAGGUUUUCUAUGUCAUGUAGAGCAAAUUUGUGAUGCUGUCAGCCAAAGAAAGUUACACUAGCACAGUUUUUUUCUUGGAUAAUCAUGGCGCACCAGCUACAACUGCACCAGCGAACCCGUCGCCGGGCUACGGCUACCGGUUAGUGGAGAUGAAAUACCGGCCCUCGGUGUUCAAGGGCCGCACGCGGGUGACGGAAAGCUGGAUCUGCCGGGGGCACUAUGCGGAGUUCUACCCGCUGUCCUGGCUGGCCGCGAUGCCCUCGGGCGCGAAGUACAGCCGGUUUCACAUCGUGCUCCAGAUGGAGUGCGUCCCGAACUUUUACAUCAGCAACGUGCACGUGAUCCUCUUUCUCCUGGUCUGCUUGGCGUUUUCCGCGUUCCUCAUCCCCGUGACGGAGGUGUCCGACCGGAUGCAGGUGAUUUUGACUCUAGUCUUGACCCUGGCCGCCUACAAGGUGUCGCUGACCGCGUGGCUGCCGUCCAAGCCCUACAUGACCAGCAUGGACCUCUACGUGCUCUGGUCCUUCGGGCUGACCUUUGUGCAGGGCGCGGCGAUCAUGCUCUGCGGGUGGCUCACGAACUAUUUGAAUUACGACGCGGACACCAUCCACUUCUACGAGGGGUGGUUUUGGACCGUUGUGCUCUUCUUCUGGCUGUUCUCGCACUUGCUGCUCACCGGUGUGGCCUACUACGGGAAAAUGCAGAAGUACCUCUUUCCCCGGUGGAAGGCGGUGCUGGCGCAGGACGACAUGCUGCACCUGCGCGAGCGAGAUUUCGUGCAGGGGGCCAACGAGCGGGUCUUCUCCAUGAAGAGACAGGACGUGCCCAGCAUGGCGUCCGUGCACGGAAGGCUCGACUUCAGCAGCUGAUAUUUUAUGUCCGGGGCGGGAGACUGUGACUGACAAGGGGUGCAGGAUCAGUUGUGGGGGUUGUGAUGAAGAUGCCACAUCAAGGGCCACGAGUCGUCCGCGACUACCUACGUCGACCGUUCCGUAGUUUUCAAACGACGUCAUCUUUUUCUGAUCCUGAUCUCCUUGCUUCUGCAGUCCCCAUCUCCUGGAGGUUGUUUACUUACGACUUGUGACAAAGGACAAAUGUUGUCAAAAAUUUUGGGGGACGUCGUGUAUGAUGAGGCUUUCGCUUUUUCUAUCUUAAAACUAUGACCUGCGGCCGCGACACAAAGAGAAAGAGUGCGUGACGCUGCAUGGGAAAAAGAAGAACAUACAUCAUGCGCGAAGAUCCACACAUGGACCUUUCCUGGAGUAGUUUUUUUCACUGGGGAAGAAGAUCGCGAGGAGCCAACAUGCCCAUGGCACGAUGAAUUUUGAGGAACAACCUGUACAUUCAUACGAUACUUUUUACACCCUUCGCGACGAGCUACACGCUUUCAUCAUUUCAUCUAUGAUUUCAU